UGCAGUCAGCAUCAAUCCUAAAAGAAGAGACUUCGAAGGACAACAAGAAUCACUCUGUUCUACUGAUUUCAAUUGUGAUUCUCACAUUUGUCGUAAUGCAGAUCAAGAUGCAAACAAAUGUCAAACAACCGAUACACGAGAAAAUGGAGCUUUUUUGUCUUGUCAAUGCUGCAUGCAAGAGUCACUAUUGUUCUUUUGA